GCUCUAAGAGCAAAUGAGGAAAAUAAUGAGAGGCGUGAUGUCAAGGACUUAUCUGGGGAUGUGAGUUUACUUAGUAAACCCCCCACCUCUUCUGUAACUCAGGACAAAGAAUCUCGAUCACAUAAGAAGAAAUUAGAAGCAGAAAAUAUCAUGCAGGAUGUAUUUGAUUUUACCAUGGAUGGGUCUGAGAAAAAACAGCCGGAAGGCGCUUCGCACAUGACAGGAAUUUCGCUUACGGGCUGUAAGGAAAAUAAUUGCCAAGAAAAGAUAGAGUCCCAGGGAGGUUUAGCAGAUUUAUCAAGUUCAGACAUAUUGCAAAAUAUAAACCGCUUAUAUGAGAAUGCAUGUACUGUGAAAAAUGAAAGGGUAAAGGCUAAUCAGGCAGAAAUUCUGUGCUGGAGAAAUUUUAUUAUAGGACUGGAUAAUAGUAUAG